UAAUAAAUCUUUUGAUAAUGAAAAUAAUUCAAAUUUUAGUGAUAACCAAGAAUCUAAUAAAGAAUCAAAUUCUGAUAAUGAACAAGAAUUUGAUUUUGAGUAUGAAUUGGAUUAUUUUGAAUAUGAAAUAACUCAAGAUAUUGAAAAUUCAAAUAGUUAUGAACAAACACAAGAAAAUUAA